GUUCUUUAUUUUAUUUCUUUGUUUCUUUCUUUCAGAUGACCGAGAUGAUAAGAUGUUGAUAUUUAGAAAUAACAUCAGUGUGUCACAAUUGAUUCAAGUCUUCAACAGUUCCUUGCUCAUAUUUAAUCUCUACUCUACCGCCGUCAGUACUAAAAGACAUGGCACCGCAGCAUUCUGCCACAGUCAGAUAUAUUCAUGUAUUGUAUCUCAUCCUGCUUCCUUUCUGCGAAGGAUUCUCCAUUGACCAUACACUCAUAGAAGGAAAUGUUGGAGGCAAAAUAGCCGAAACUGUUGUGAUCCUUGUAAAAUCUCAGAAUAUUUUGAUGGAAGAUUAUUCUUUCCUCCGCAGACUGGCGGCUGUCCAAAGUAACGAUGGUAUACCAUUCACUCCUGAUAAAGGUGGCAUCUGGAGGGUUACUACUGACCAACUCGAGACUGUCCAAGAGGCAUGUGGUAAAAGCCUGAUGUCUUACUGCAAUAUCGGUCAAGAAAGAUUCAAUGUGGAAAUGGUAUCAGCCAAUUACACAGAACUGGACAAGCCAUUGUAUUCUGGCUACGCCAUGGCCCUCUACCUAUUGACCCUCGGUGAUAUUAUACCAAUGAAUUUGACCGACCAAGCAGAAUAUUGGAAGAAAUUUAUUGUACCUGAAGGAAAUGUCACCACUUUUAUACAAAAUACUAACAUUCCAGAAGUGCCGGACCAAUGUAGAAAAUCCGAAGACACACCGAGGAAUGAAGUGGAAUCUUACUGUUUAUUCCAGUCACCGUGUACAAGAGAAGCGAUUGCACUCAAAAUAUAUUUCUUUGCUCAUUCAGAUCCGACGAGAUUCAUUCGGUGUACGGAAUGGGGAGCUAGUUUCAUUCAAAUCUGUGUUCCUGGCACCGUAUGGUCUCAAAUGAAUGUUACAUGUUUACACAAGGCAGGAAGUUUUAUCUUCAGACGCAAAAAAGGUGGAGGAACCAAGGACAAGCAUUAUCUCAACAAUGCAUCGCAUAUUUUCUCUGCUUUACUUCCUUGCUUAAUGUUCUGUCUUCUUCAAGCAUUCAUCUUAAAUAAGAGUUUCUUCUAAACAUCCUGCAGCAAUUUGUCUACUUUUAAGGUAUACCUACAUACAAGUGCACCCACUACAAACUUUGUUUCCUCAUAACUUUCUGAAAAAUGCCUGUUUUUUUUUAAUGAAAUUUUCUACAAAAACCUUUCAGAUAGUGUUGAUUCUCAUUAUAAUGGAGUUUAUUGCAGAAAAUGUUUUUGGAGGGGCAGGGAGUGGAGUUUUGGAUAAUUCAUACAAGUCAACUUUGUUUCCUCAUAACUUUCAGAAAAACAGGUAUUUUUUAAUGAGUUUUUUAAGAAAUACCUUUCAGAGAGUGUUGGUUCUCAUUAUAAUGGAAUUUGUCAUGGAAAAUGUUUCUGGAUGGGGUAGGGAGAGGAGUUUUGGAUAAUUCAUACAAGUCAAAUUUGUUUCUUCAUAACUUUCAGAAAAGUAGAUAUCUUUUGAAGAAAUUUUCUACGAAUAGCUUUCAGAUGGUAUAGAUUACAAUUAUACCAGAAAUUAAUGUGAAAGAAGAAAUUAGUGGAUAUGAACAUAUAUAUACUGACACACAUCAUGUAUAUAUUUGCAAAAUGAAACUUGAAGUUUUGAACAAAAUUGUGACGUGUGUCAAUAGAAGGGGUACUGAAAAAUUCCUGCCUUCAAGGGUUUUGUGAAAGGUCUGGUUGGAGGCUGAACUUUCCAAGUUCUUUUACAGGGUUUAGAAAAAC